GUUGUAAUUGCACCUGUAUAAAAAGAGUACAAUUUCAACCGGGCUGCAUCAGUAGUAUUUUCGGCGUCGAAUCAGUGAUUAGAGCCAGUUUCAACCAGCCGGUGACCGGACAAUUCGAGUGAAGAUGAAAUUCUUUAUUGUGACCAUCGCCCUGUUCGUGCUUGCCGUGGCCCUGGUAUCUGCCCUGCCGGCCGUCCAAGAUGAAUCCCUCCUCAGUGGUGACCUGUACGAGGCCGAAGUGGACGGAGCCUUCAACCCACAGGACCCCCAGGCCUUUUUCAAGCUGAAGAAACUGAAGAAGCUGCUCUUCCUGGGCUAAGCAGAGACCUCAUGGUUCUACGAGGGAGUAAUUAGGCUGACCACUUCUUAUUGGUCAUGUCGAUUCGCCAAAUAAUCGUUGUUUAGCUUUAGGUUUAACUAUUGAAGAUUUAUUUCUACAACCGUCACCAUUGUGCGCUAAAGUUAUAGGGUAAAUGAUUGAUUGUCUACCAGAAUUGUAUUACUGGUUCAGUAAACUCAAAACACUUUUAUCAAAGUAAAGUGUAGUCGCUUUUGCAAAAUCCUAAUACUGCCAGAUGUUCAAACAUUCCUACCUAUACAUUUACCCUACAAACUAUCAAGCUGAGGAAGAGUUUUAUCUAGUUCAGUUAGCAUUAAGGAGAAUCAGAUGAUAUUUUUUAUUCAAGAUCAGGUCACAAACUUGUUUUUCUACCAAAUAACAACACACUGCAAAAAAAGCCAAGAGGGGUCCCGUUCGGGUGCAUCAAAUCUGCAAAACAGUGGUUUGCAUUCAAGAAUUUCAUAAUAACGACAAGCUCCAUACCGGUUUCACCACAAGACAACAUCAAAGCCGGGCAAAAAAGCAGCUGCUGAGUCGAGAGCAACUCCAAAUCCGGAUUCGUUUUAUUUUGUAAAUAAAAUACUGAAAAUCUUAA